GGUCCUUUCCUUCCGCGACCGAGGUCUCCGCCGGACGUCUCUCGCGGUUGCUCCCAUCCGGCGCCAAAGGGGUAGAACUUCCGGUCUGUUUCCGCGGUACCCGAGUGAGGGUCGAGGAGCUUUUUCAGAAUACAAGAAGGAUUCUCCUUUUGAGUUACUCACCGUUGGCCCCAUGGCUGCCACACAGAUGGAUCCUGACCUAGCCAAGCACCUCUUCUUUGAAGGGGCCACUGUGGUCAUCCUGAAUGUGCCCAAGGGGACAGAGUUUGGCAUUGACUAUAAUUCCUGGGAGGUAGGACCCAAGUUCCGGGGUGUAAAGAUGAUCCCACCAGGCAUCCACUUUCUCCACUACAGUUCUGUGGACAAAGCCAAUCCUAGGGAUGUGGGUCCUCGUAUGGGCUUCUUCCUCAGCUUGCAGCAGCGGGGGUUGACAGUCCUGCGCUGGAAUGCUCUCCGGGAAGAGGUAGACUUGUCCCCGGCCCCAGAAGCUGAAGUGGAAGCUAUGAGGGCCAAUCUCCAGGAGCUGGACCAGUUUCUGGGACCUUAUCCAUAUGCCACACUCAAGAAAUGGAUCUCACUCACCAACUUUGUCAGUGAGGCCACAAUGGAGAGGCUGCAGCCUGAAAGCCGGCAGAUCUGUGCUUUCUCAGAUGUGCUGCCUGUACUGUCCCUGAGGCACACCAAGGACCGGGUGGGGCAGAACCUACCCCGCUGUGGCACAGAGUGCAAAAGUUAUCAAGAGGGCCUAGCCCGGCUGCCUGAGAUGAAGCCUAGAGCUGGGACAGAGAUCCGAUUCUCAGAGCUACCCACACAGAUGUUCCCAGCAGGUGCUACACCAGCAGAGAUAACCAGGCACAGCAUGGACUUGAGCUAUGCACUGGAGACUGUGCUCAGCAAGCAGUUCCCCAGCAGCCCCCAGGAUGUGCUUGGUGAACUCCAGUUUGCCUUUGUGUGUUUCUUGCUGGGCAAUGUGUAUGAAGCAUUUGAGCACUGGAAGCGGCUCCUGAACCUCCUAUGCCAGUCAGAAGCAGCCAUGGUGAAGCACCACACCCUGUACAUCAACCUUAUCUCCAUCCUGUACCACCAGCUUGGUGAGAUCCCUCCUGACUUCUUUGUGGACAUUGUCUCUCAAGACAACUUCCUUACCAGUACCUUACAGGUUUUCUUUUCUUCAGCCUGCAGCAUUGCUGUGGAUCCCACCCUGAGGAAGAAAGCUGAAAAGUUCCAAGCCCACCUGACCAAGAAGUUUCGGUGGGACUUUGCCUCAGAGCCUGAGGACUGUGCUCCAGUGGUGGUGGAGCUCCCUGAGGGCAUCGAGACCGGCUAACUCUGUGAACACAGGAGUUGUGAGAGGCCCCUUCCCACUUGAAUACAGCCCUGGCCUCUCCAUUCACCUGCUCUUAUCCUAGGACUGCUCCUGCUCCAGGGCAGCAGUCCUGCCAGGUUCUGCAAAGAUGGAGCCAGAAUUCCUUUCUUCACCAAUAAAUAAAUUACUUCAUCACAAAAGGGGCUGUACCCAUGCUAAAAGCAUAUGUGUGGGUUCUCUGUUUGCCCGGGCCUGACUAAGCUAACAAGCUUUUACAGAAGCUCCUGGGACAGACCUGCCUUGGUAGCAUUAUCAUUCUUUUUGAUAAGAAGAACUGAAAGUCCAAGGAACUGAUCUUUUGUUCUAUAGGAUGAUUAGAAAACAAGAAACCCUGGAUUGCCUUGGGAGUCUGAGAUAUCAGUGGGUGAUUUUUUGGAAGUUAAAUGUAGGUUUAUAGGGGAAAUGAGCUGCAGUUUCUACCUGCCCCUGGUUGAAUGGGAGUCUGUGAUAGAAAACUUAGGUAGUGAGCCUUGACUGGGAAGAGGGUGACAAGGAAGUCUGGCUUAGCUUUCUCCCCCUAAAUCCCCUUGUCCUGUCCAGAGGCUCCAGUUUUUAAUAUCCCAAAACUGGAGUGGCCCUUGAUUUCAGAGAUCUUCCUGGUGCUAUCACUGUCAGUUGCAUUCCAAAGCCUCAGACACAGUGAUUUGGCACCCCUCCCAUGUGCCCCGAUUCCUCACAAGAGCUACCAUGACUGUUUCUGAUGACCAGAGAUACAACAAUAAAAAGAGUUCUUGUCCCAAGCAGGCUUCUUAGGCCCUGUUGAAGUUGCCUUCUGAACCCUGCAAAUGACCUGGGCAGCCUGAAUCUUCCCAGCCCUCCUGUGGAACUGUCUGUCAUCGGUGAUGAUUCUUCUGCUCUCUUGGGAGUCUUGGGGGCAUGCCUGUUGUGCUGUGUGGGCAGAGUUCCAUCUCUAGAUGGACACACAGGCCCUCCAUGCUGACCUUAGACUGUUUGUUGUACUCUUUAAGUCCCGGUGCCAUCAUCUUCUAAAGCUGGGGCUCACAGCAGGUUUCUGAAUGAGAAUCCCUGCUGGUUAAGACUUUGGUUUCUCUUGUUUCCUUGGAGAUAUUUUUCCAAGAGCAUAAUGUACAUUAAAGUCUUGAGACUAA